AUGAGCGAUGGGGUGAAUUGUCAUUCACGCUUUGGAACGAAGCAGCAUGAAAAUCACAAGAAUCAUCUCAGUAGAGAUGUCGUGCUGGGGGCUGAUCUAUGGACCGAUGGACUUAUUUGUGCUUUCGAAUUUGUUAGAGGCCGCAGGAAGAUGGUUCAACCAAAGAAUGAGUCAUCGCAAUCAUCUGGACUGACUAAUUCAUCAUCUCCUAAAGUUGCUCACCACUUGAGUAAAUCUUCACCCGUUUUACAAUCUGGGGUCACUGUUAAGGAAAAAUUAGACGAACAUAAUCACAAUGAGGACUUGCAUUCGGAAAAUCUCAGUGGCAGGGAAGAAAAUCUUCCUAGAAGUUAUUGGAUACCAAUUCGAUGGGCUAGAAUUUCUCAACUUGUUCAGACUGUGCAAGUUGAUUCGGGCUGGGCAUCACAGCCUAUCGACUUUACAGAUGAAGAAGAAGAUGUUACUGUCGCAGAUUUGGCUACUCCUUACUGGGAAAGAAAGGUCGGACCCACUUGGUGGUGUCAUGUAGAUGCUGAUCACCCACAUAUAAAUGAAUGGUUGAGUAAUGCUCAAUGGCUGCAUCCUGCUAUCUGCACUGCUUUGCGAGAUGAAAAUAAGCUGAUGAGUGAGCGGAUGAAGCAUCUUCUAUAUGAGGUUCCUGUAAGAGUUGCCGGUGGACUAUUAUUUGAGCUAUUAGGGCAGUCAGUCGGGGAUUCAUCAAUGGAUAAAGAUGACAUCCCCAUAGUUCUAAGAUCAUGGCAGGCACAAAUUUUUUUAUUAACUGCAUUGCAUAUUAAGGGGCAUGCCUCAAACCUUAAUGUGUUAGGUAUAGCAGAAGUUCAGGAGCUGCUUGCUGCUGGAUGCAUCAACAUUCCACGAACUAUAUAUGAGGUCAUUGCACAACUAGUCAAUCGGCUUGCACGAUGGGAUGAUAGGUUAUUUCGCAGAUCCAUAUUUGGAGCAGCAGAUGAAGUAGAGUUGAAUUUUAUGAAUAGUAGGAGAACCCAAGAUAUGCAUCUGUUCAGUAUAAUUUUGAACCAAGAGAUCAGGAGGUUAUCAACUCAGGUUAUAAGAGUGAAAUGGUCACUUCAUGCCAGGGAGGAAAUUGUAUUUGAGCUUCUUCAACAUGUGAGAGGGAAUCUACCUUGAGCCUUGCUAGAGGGAGUAAGAAAGAGUACAAGGGAAAUGAUUGAAGAACAAGAAGCAGUUCGCGGCAGGUUAUUUACAAUUCAAGAUGUCAUGCAGAGCACUGUUCGUGCAUGGCUGCAGGACAGAAGCCUUACAGUUACACAUAAUUUAGGAGUUUUUGGUGGUUGUGGCCUCGUUCUUUCCAUUAUCACUGGUCUUUUUGGGAUCAAUUUGGAUGGAAUACCUGGAGCUGAAGGGUCUCCAUAUGCAUUUGCUCUGUUUUCUGGCAUCCUCUUCUUGUUAGGAGCUGCGCUGAUUGCAAUCGGGUUGCUCUACCUUGGUUUGAAAAGUCCCAUCACUGAUGAACAUGUUGAAGUGAGAAAAUUAGAGCUCCAAGAGCUUGUUAGGAUUUUUCAGCAAGAAGCAGAGUCUCAUGCACAGGUCCGAAAAACAGUACCUCGUGCCACCUUACCUCCAGCUGCCGCAGGUGUACUUUCAGAUGGUGCAAGUUACGUUCUCAUCAGUUGAAUGUAGCAUGCAAAGAAAGUCAAAACAUCUCAUAGUAGUUAGUGUUCAGUUACAAUGCGCAAAGCGUAAUUCUGGGUUCUAGAUUCUAGAUUCUUGAUAUUGUUACUAAGAGUUGUAAAUGCUCCAAAUAGAAGCACAAUAGGAACUGAGUAAUUUCCUAGGAAAAACAGGAUACAUGUACAAAUAAAAGAA